AUGGCCUUGUCUCCCACAAUAGUAGCAUUUCACUCUUUCUCUGAACUUCAUGUGAUCAAAUUUAUGUAUUGGAACACCACGACUCAUGUUGCAAGUCCUCACAAAUUCAGACCUCUGGUUGUGACUUCUAUGACCAUGAUACCAUGGUUUCUCAGAUUGAGUGAUAGAAGAGCUUCUGUUCACAAAAUUUUUCUUCCCACUGGCCUCUCCUCCACGAUAUCUGAUGUUGAGUCAGGUUUUACCAAACUCUUAGACCUCUGCAAGUGCACAGAUCGCGGAAGUAUGGGUAUCGAACACAAGGACUGGCUAUUGAGUACACUUUGA